UGCGCCUCGGUGGUUUCUGCGCGCGCGCCGCCGGAAGUGGCGUCAGCACGGGGCGCCGCCGGAUGUGACGUCAGUGCGUAGCGGCAGCGGCCUGAGGCGGGAGCGGCGGUUGGAGCGGCCCGAGGGGACGGCGCCAUGUCCUCCACGUCACAGAAGCACCGGGACUUCGUGGCGGAGCCGAUGGGGGAGAAGCCGGUGGGGACCUUGGCCGGGAUCGGGGACGUGCUGGGCAGGAAACUGGAGGAGAAAGGAUUCGACAAGGCCUACGUGGUGCUGGGGCAGUUCCUGGUGCUGCGCAAGGACGAGGAGCUGUUCCGGGAGUGGCUCAAGGAGACGUGCGGGGCCAACGCCAAACAGAGCCGCGACUGCUCGGGCUGCCUGCGCGAGUGGUGCGACGCCUUCCUCUGAGCCCCCUCCCCAAAUCUGGGCACCCCAAAACCCCCCCUGCACCCCAAAACCCCCCCGAGCUCCUCCCUGCACCCCAAAACCCCUCCCUGUACCCCAAAACCCCCCCCGAGCUCCUCCCUGCACCCCAAAACCCCUCCCUGUACCCCAAAAUCCCUCUCUGCACCUCAAAAUCCCUCCUGGAGUCCCCAAAACAUCGAAGUCCUGGCGAGUUCCAGCUGCUGGAUGCACCUGGGAGGGGAUGGGGGCUCCCCAAAAUCAUCCUGGGGAACCCAAAAUCACCCUGGGGACCCCAAAACCACCCUGGGGAACCCAAAACCACCCUGGGGACCCCAAAACCACCCCUGGGGAACCCAAAACCACCCCUGGGGAACCCAAAAUCCCCGUGGGGACUCCAAAACCACCCUGGGGACCCCAAAACCCUCCUGACCCUUACCAUGUGCCCCCUCCCCAACCCCCUCACACCUGUGGGACCCCCAAACCGGUGCUGCCACCCCCCCAAAAUUCAUCCCCGGGCGGGGGUCCCAGGGUGCCACCCCUCCCCCAUCACCCCAAAACCACCUUGGGGGGGCUGAGGGGGUCCCCACCUUCCCCUCCCCCCAGCACAGGCUGGGGUUUUGGGGUGCCGCCCUCACGGAGGGGCUCGUGUUCAUUUGGGGCGCCCCUCCCCCCGCCAUUAGUGUUACUUUGGGGUGCCCCCGCCCCUCCCCCACCGGGGGUCUCUGUUAUUUCAGGGGUGCCCCCCCAAGUUUGUUUUUAAAACGAUUUUCUAAACAAUAAAGGUUUUGCUGUGCUGCA